CCACAACCACCAGAAAGAAAUUCCGGAUGCUUCUUCCUCUCCACUCGCUUGCUCGCUCUCACAACUCACAUCACAGUCUCACUAAAGAAGCAGAAGCCGACCCAUGGAAGCCCUAACGAGCUCGGCGUGGAAGAUCUUUUCGGAGAAGCGUCUCGGUAGAGCUUCUUUCUGUUCCAGAACUUGGUUUGAUAGACCAGAACUUGGUCGCUUCUUGCGACCUCAGGAAGUUAGUAAUGUCGUUUUUCCGCUUUCAAUUGCUCUUCAACAACACAAGCCGAUACCGAUUCAGUCUCUUUCGACAGCUUCGUUUGCAUCCGAAGCGCAGGCAGACUGGGAGACUGCAGAAUACCAGGGCCAAGCAACAUGCGGUUUUUACUUCUCAGAUCUCCCAAGGACUGUUCAUGUGAGAUUUCAAUUGCAGAAGGAAUGCUUGUUUGGUGAGCGAUUUCUCCUGGUUGGGGAUGAUCCCAUCUUUGGUUUGUGGGACCCUUCAAAUGCAAUACCAUUGGAAUGGUCAGAUGGGCAUAUUUGGACAGUUGAUCUGGACAUACCUAUUGGGAAGGCUAUCCAAUACAAAUUCAUACUCAAAGCAAUUACAGGGGUGGUUGUGUGGCAACCUGGCCCAGAUCGGGUUCUGCAAACUUGGAAUACCACUAACAAGAUCAUUGUUUUGGAAGACUGGGAAGAUUCUGAGCUUCAGAAAAUAACAGAGGAAGCAAUGGCUGAUCCAAAAGAAGGAUCAUUGGUUAAUCCUAAUACAGAGGACAUGACUGAUCUGAAUCGGGAAGUGAUGGCUAAUGUCAACCAGAAAAUGGUUGUUGCAAAAAACAUUAGUCAUCCAAGUGAAGGACCCAUGAGCAUUGCAAACAAAGGACUAAUUGUUGCAGAGAACAUAAAUUAUCCUAAAGAGGGCCCCACAGAUCAUGGGAACAGGGAAGUGGCCAUAGCAGAAAGCAUCAUUCAGUCAAAAGAGGAAGCAAAGCUUAAUACAAAUAACAAAUGGACUGUAUCAGAAAGCAUACUUAGAAGUCAUGGAAGAACUAUAAAUGGCAAGUCCCCUAUAAUCAUGAAUAACAUCGAGAAUUUGAUUGCUCAUGAAGAAGGUCAUGUUUUGGUACCUGGCUUGACCCCAUUACCACAGAUGGCAACUAAGGGUUUGCUUAAAAAAGAGAUUGAAGAAAUCAAUAAUGCUAGUACCUCAGUUGCAGCUGAUGAAACAAAAGAUUACAUAGCACCCGAGGAAGACCAGUUACAUGAGAAGCAAGAACCUGGUAGAGAGCCACUUCAGGAAGAAGCAACAGAGUUUGUGUUUGACAAUGUGACCAAGGGAGAAGUGCAUGCCACUAUUCUUCAACAAGAACCCUGUUUAGCCAAUGAACAUGGGCAGUCCAAUCUUCUGGUAAAAGGCACUGAAGAAGAACUCAAUUUAACCUUGGUGCAAGAGCAGUCCAGUUCUCAAGCAGAUAAGCGUGAAGAAGAAAUCCAUUUAACCAAUGAACAAGCACACAAGAAUUCUCAGUCAGAUAAUGUUGAAGUAUUGCAGAAUGACAUCAAAUGGGGUCAUGAAACUCUGCGCAAGCUUCUAUUGAAUUUGGGGUUUCUCUUCUAGAAUAUAAGCUUUAGUGCGCAACAGGGAAAGAACUACAGCAUUUUACUUCACCCACAUCUAUUUACCAUCCGGGUCUUGUGGAUUCAGAAGAGAGCAGCACAGCCAGAGAUUCCAGUUGUUGGUAUAUGUACAUAAUAUCUUUGUUAUAUUUGCGGUAUCUAGUUGCAUGCCAUUCUUUUGAGAUACAAAAGCGAGUAGCAUCUUUUAAGUGCUUGGCUGUCUUCGUUGUCAAUGUUUGCAUACAUGGAUAUUGUUACACAAAGUUUUAUCAUGAGGUAUGAGCUUCUCUGUUGAUAUAUUUGAAAUACUAUUUGUUUGUAGAAGAUAAUACUGCUUGAUUUUCUCUUGGAAAUGUACCGUGUAUGUGAUGGAUAUCUAGAUUCAUUAGCUAUACAGGCGAUUUUUCUGCAA